UGUGCUUCAAUCCCUCGCAGCAGAAGGUACUCUUUGUAGUCCAAUACAUAUAUAUAACUAAGUCCAAUACAUAUACAUAACUAAGUCCAAUGAAGCUCUUUGUAGUCCUUCUCGUGUGGGCUUUCGCGAUCUCGAGCAGCUUUGCAUCUGAUCCUAGUCCACUUCAGGACAUUUGUGUGGCUAUAAAAGAGCCCAAAGAUGCUGUGUUUGUAAAUGGAAAAUUCUGCAAGAAUCCGAAUCUUACAGUCGCCGAUGAUUUCUUCUUCCAAGGGCUCAACAUUCCCCGAAGUACCGAUAAUAAGAUCGGGUCCUCUAUCACUGGUGUCGAUGUUAGCACGCUUCCGGGUGUCAACACUCUAGGGGUUUCUUUGGUCCGCGUCGACUAUGCCCCUAAUGGCACAAAUCCACCGCACUUCCACCCUCGUGCCUCUGAGAUCCUCAUGUGCAUGGAGGGUGAGCUCUAUGUUGGGUUCGUCUCAUCAAACAUGCUCGGAAACAGGUUUUUCACCAAAGUCCUGAAGCCUGGGGACCUGUUUGUCUUCCCAUUAGCGAUGAUUCACUUCCAGCUCAACAUUGGGAAGACCCCCGCAGUUGCAUUCGCAAUCUUUGACAGCCAAAACCCAGGUCUUGUAACAGUUGGUAAUGCGGUGUUUGGAGCUAACCCACCAAUUGAUCCUCAGGUCUUGAUCAAGGCACUCCAGUUGGACAAGAAAACUAUAGAUUAUCUCCAAUCCCGGUCAUGGUACAACAACCACGACUAAAACCAAAUGAGACAGUGAAAGAGUAUAUAGUUUAUAUAAUUCAUCAAAUAAAACCGAGCAUGGGAAUGUUUCCUCUGUUCGUAUCGUUAAAAUAUAUUCUAUAUAUGUUCUCGUAAGGUGGAAAUCUUCAAUGUUUCUUGUAAUUUAAUGUUUAUGUAUUAUGGUGGGAGAAUGACAUAUCUUUCUAAAUAAAAACGAUGUGAUUUAACUAUCAUUGAUAAUGUUA